UCUCCUUGCGUUUCUCUCACACAAGGAUUCUGUAAAAGAGGAAGAGAAACAGAGGGGGUAGAACAAUCUUUCACUUUAAGAUCGGCUGGGCUCAAAGAUAAAAGGAAGGGGAACGCGGCCGCUAGGAAUCCACCGCUGCAGCACUUCGGAAAGACGUUUCUGAUACAUUUCUGAGCGCGGCGGCCCGUUUCUCCACCGAAGUUGGCUCCAGCUCUAGCAGCCGCAUUGGAUCCCACAGCUUACUGCGAGACUCCGGUGUACAAUCCGGAUCUCUGCCCCAACAUGAUCGCGGCUCAGGCCAAGCUGGUCUACCAUCUGAAUAAAUACUACAACGAAAAAUGCCAAGCCAGGAAAGCUGCCAUUGCCAAAACUAUCCGGGAAGUCUGCAAAGUAGUUUCCGACGUCCUGAAGGAGGUGGAAGUGCAGGAGCCCCGGUUCAUCAGCUCUCUCAACGAGAUGGACAACCGCUACGAGGGCCUAGAGGUCAUCUCCCCCACCGAAUUUGAAGUGGUGCUUUACCUUAACCAAAUGGGGGUGUUCAACUUUGUGGACGACGGCUCGCUGCCUGGCUGCGCGGUGCUGAAGUUGAGCGACGGGCGCAAGAGGAGCAUGUCCCUCUGGGUGGAAUUCAUUACCGCCUCCGGCUACCUCUCGGCGCGCAAAAUCCGGUCCAGGUUUCAGACGCUGGUGGCUCAAGCGGUAGACAAAUGUAGCUACAGGGAUGUGGUAAAGAUGGUGGCAGACACCAGCGAAGUGAAACUGAGAAUCCGAGAUAGGUACGUGGUGCAGAUCACCCCGGCUUUUAAAUGCACCGGGAUCUGGCCGAGGAGUGCUGCCCACUGGCCACUUCCCCACAUCCCCUGGCCGGGACCCAACCGGGUGGCGGAGGUCAAAGCAGAGGGGUUCAAUCUCUUGUCCAAGGAGUGCCACUCCCUGGCCGGCAAGCAGAGCUCAGCCGAGAGCGACGCCUGGGUGCUGCAGUUCGCGGAGGCAGAGAACAGACUGCAGAUGGGGGGCUGCAGAAAGAAAUGCCUCUCCAUCCUCAAAACCUUACGGGAUCGUCACCUUGAACUGCCAGGCCAGCCCCUGAACAAUUACCACAUGAAGACUUUGGUUUCCUAUGAGUGUGAAAAGCAUCCCCGGGAGUCAGACUGGGACGAGUCUUGCCUGGGUGAUCGGCUUAACGGGAUUUUGCUGCAACUUAUCUCCUGCCUGCAGUGCCGGCGGUGUCCUCACUACUUCCUACCAAACUUAGAUCUGUUUCAAGGCAAACCUCACUCGGCUUUGGAGAACGCUGCCAAACAAACGUGGCGACUGGCAAGAGAGAUCCUAACCAACCCGAAAAGUUUGGAAAAACUUUAGAGGACAAUGUAAUCGAGAGCCGAAAUGUGAUGACUAUUCUCAAAGUUCUCACUGAGUGUAAACUUCCUGUUCGAUUCCAACCUAGUGUUCCACUUGACAGUGCAAAGAAUCUCUUCCUUAAAAAGGAGUACUCAUACAAUGUUGAGGCAUCAUCUCACCCACCCCUCCAAGGGAAGAAAAAGAAGCAGGGAAAGCGGAUGGAGAAAACCCCAAACCCACAAGUAUUAGAAGACUUCUUUACAAAGGAUUUCAUAUCUCCCUUGAAAAGUACACAGUAACACCCGGAAAACAGCCUGGCUGUAAUGCAAGACCACAAUGAACACUGCCUAACUAUCAAAGGAUUAUAGCAAUCCUGGUGAUUUAGAUGCAUCUGGCUGUGAGUAAACACGAUUUGGAUAUGCCAUCUGAAGGAAAGUGUAAUGUAUAUUUUGAUUUGUAACAAAUAUUGUGAUCUCACAUUGUCUUUGAAAGUGUGGAUGUUGGUGUUUUGUGAUUUGGUGAACAGAAGUUAAAUUGCCAUUUUGGAUACUUCCAGACAUUUUCCACUAACAAAGAUUUAAAGGUAGAUUUCCUCCUGGUACUUUGACCCAUCUUUGGAAGUGUCUGAACUUUAAAAAGUUUACAUUUUGUUUCAAAUAUAUUGCUUGUUCUAUUUCUAACAUUCCAUAAAUAUACUUGAAAUGUUAUUUAAAUAUAUUCAAAGAAAGUUGAAUUCAGCUUAUAUAAUAACGCUUGAAUAUCUGAAUUAUAUAUUUGAAAAAUGCACUUG